AAUGCAAAUGUCUAUGUUUUAAUGGACCAUCAAACUCCUUGUGUGUGUACAGAGCAGAACUGUUGAGGUGAACUGUGCAUUUGUUCCAGCGCCGUCUGAACGAGGAUGCCAAGUGUGACACUGGACACUCCACCUCGGAGGGCAUCUACAAUCUCUUCUUCAUGACACAGCAAAGGCAAUAUUAGUACUCUUUUGUUGUAGCUUGUCCACAUAAAAUCCAUCAUAGCAGAAUGUGUAGAGAAGGUCAUGGUCAUUGGAGAGGUGAGGUCGUGUUUGGUCCCAUCAACUGUUUCCCACAACCUCUCUGGUCAUCAAACCUGGUCACCAGCAUCCAUCUUCAGUUGAGACAGGCCGUGUCUGAAACAGCCACAGUAUCCACAGUCACACUGAUAACCCUCAAGUCUGGACGGAUUUGGAGGUGUCGCAGAAUGUCGCAUACAAGCUUUCUUGUGAUGUGUUUUUGGGUUACCAGAUCUCCCUCAUUCUCAUCCUAUAGCUCUGAGCUGAACUGAAACAGACUUUUUGAGGCAAUUGUUUGCUCCUGCUUCUCCUAUGUAUUCCUUUAUUCUCACAGAAAUUGUGGCUGCUGUUCUGUUUCUCUAAUUCAUUAUGACGACACUUCACAGGGGAUGCUUUCCCACACGACCCAAGUGAACCACAGGUACACCUGUGGGGUCUGCGAGUACUGCGUAACACCACCCCGUGUCGUCACUAAUGUGGGGGCCUCUUACGUUUCUCAUCCAUCCGUGGGCUGUGGUAAUGCACCAGUGCCUUAAAUAACUUAAAGAAAAUUAUUAUAAUGCGGGAUUUUAUCGAACCUGGCAACAUUUCACUUGCACCAGAACAGGAAAAACGCAGGAAGCAUUGACUGACCGUAAAACUGAGACUACGUCUAUGAACUACCAGUCAAGGAAAACAGGUGCCGAUAGAGAUGAUAAAACUGUGGAUCAUUUAGAGGCUUUUGGCGGUCCGAGAGUAUUCCGCAUGCGCAUUUCGGUGACGGGAAUUUCCAGCAGUACUCACUGGAGGAGCCAACCAAGGCUGAACGAGCACCAACCACCAGCUAGCAGGCUCCAUAGCAGGAAAGCUUGUCCUAGCGAUGGAAAUGCACACUGCUGUGGCGUUGCCCCUGCCUGCUCAGUGACCUUAAACACUCAACAGACUCGCGCAAUUGAGCAAGGAGGACAUCGGGUGGAUGCCCUGACAACUCUCGAGGGCCCGCGCCUUGAGGAGCCUCUUGACCACGCUGAAGUAGGAACACAAGCGUCUGGUCACAGUGAAACUGAGCCAAGAUGCCCAUAACCCCCAGCCACCCCUUUUAAAACAGGAGGCGCUUCAAUUGGGUCCUGUGUCAUCCAGAGCAUGGUGGCUGCUCUCUGAUUGGGCCCCGAGGCCUGUCCCUGUGCCUUGACCCGCCUCCAGUCGUCAGCGGAUUGUGUGUGUGCGUCUGUGUGUGGCCCGAGAUGGCGACAGGGAGGGCUGCGUGAGAGAGGCGUUCCUGGUUUGGGGCAUGCGAGCAAAAGCGCGAGGGCGGUCUCACGGCUGACUUUGUCAACUGCCGCCAAAUGGAUGCCAAGCUGCGAGAGGACCUGUUCAGGAGAUACGUGGCGUCCCUGGAGAGGCGCCUGGAGGACGGAGGAGGCAGGGGCGGGGGCGCCCCAGAGGGCGCCAGGCAGGGGGACGGCGAGGCCCUCCUCUCCACGGCCACGGCCCUGCUGGGGGCCUACCAGCCAGACCCGGGGCAGCGCUUCCGGAUGGUGCGCUUCUACGAGGUGGUGGACAAGGCCCUGCGCUGCCAGAGGGGAGGCAGUCUGCGGGGCCUGGAGAGAGCCUUUCACACCCUGGAGACCCUCUGCACCAACCUGCUGCUGUUCCCCUGGAAGAAGGAGUUCCGCUGCAUCAAGACCUUCACCGGCCCGUACGUGUACCACCUCCAGUCGGCCGUGUGCGAUGCCGACCUCCGCGCCCUCCUGCGCUCCAUGGGCUACUCCCGCGACCACGAGCUGCAGUACCACGCGCGUGAGCACCCGGGCGGGCCGGCCCACCUCCGCCAGCUGGCCUUUGAGCUCUUCCUGGCCCAGGCCGAGUGUCGCCUGCUGGGGGAGGUGGUGGCUCUGGCCCGGGGCACCGCCAACGAGCUGGAGGCCCUGGAGCUGAGGAGGGGCUGCCGGGACGACGCGGCGGGCUGCGCCGAGGCGCUCCGCCGGCGGGACAGCCUGGGGGCCGACGUGGCCCGGCUGUCGGUGCGGCCGGCCGACGCCGAGCGCGCCCACCCGCCCCACCACCUGAGGCGAGGGGGUCGGCCGUCCAAGUCGGUGGACGUGACGGACGGCGCGGGCCACUGGCACGCGGCGGCCAACAAGCCCGUGCUCAAGGCCUCGCUCAGCCUGAGGAAGGAGCCGCUGUUCGUGGAUGCCGAGGAGGACCUGAAGGACGAGAUCCUCCGGCCCGGCACGGCCGCCUCGCUCUUCUCCGUGGCCGCCCCGCCCGCCUACAGCCCCGUGGCCGACUUCUUCCCCAUCCAGUCCCCGCCAUCGGCCGACCCGUACUCCUCCUACCACCUGUCCUCGUUGGACGAGAUCGACCUCUACACGGAGAGGGGCGGCGCGGGCCCGGGGGGCCGGCAGACCCCCUCCCGCCCCUCCUCCCGGGACGCCAGGGACGGCUGGGUGCUGAAGGCCCACGGCGGAGGCGGCGGCGGCGGGGUGAAGUGCCAGGGCUGUGGGCUGGGCUGCUCCAGCCUGGCGUCGUGCCAGAGGUGUGACAUGAUCCUCUGCCCCGCCUGCCACGACGUGGACCCCUCCCCCUGCUGCGGCCUGCAGGACUACCCCCCCAAGUCCCCGCGGCCCCUGGACGGCUACAUCCCCGUCAAGGAGAAGCUGUCGGUGUACUCCAACGCUCACUCCCACCCCCUCACCCUCACCCACUCCCUCACCCACCCCCACCCCCAGAUGGCGGAGAAGCCUCUCAUGGUCACCAAGCUGUUCCCCAGCAAGUCGGUCGCCAUGGCGGCGCCCAUGGGGGGGGCCAGCGGCGCCGUCCCGGGCGGCUCGCGCUGCGGCUUCUGCAACAAGCCCGGCGCCUCGCACACGUGCGUCACCUGCUCCAAGGUGUCGUGCGACACCUGCAUGGUCCUGUACGCCAAGGACGUGUGCACCCGGAAGAAUCCGCAGCACAGUUUCGUGCCCAACCAUCAGCUCAACUUCAAGUCUGGCACCAUAUCACACCUGGUCUACCGAUAAGCCAAGUGCACAGGGAGUCCAGACCCCGCCUCCCCCCCUCCCUCUUCGUCUUAUCCGUGUCUCUCUCUCUGCCUCGCUCUCUCUCCGUUUCCGAAGAACUCUUCGGAGCUCGCCCUUUUUGCUUUCUCGCUCGAUCUUUCUCUCUCUCUCGUUCCUUCUCUCUCUCUCUCUCUCCCCCGGUCUAUCCGCCCCCUUGAACUUUGUACAUUCUCUGUGUUAUUAUCUGAUGCCAGGCCCUGGGACGCGCCCCUGUCCCAGAGAACCAUGUCAUCUCAACGCUCUGUACGACUUCUGGCCUCUCCCAUCACCAUCGCUGCCAUGCGCUCUUAAGUAGUCAAGUGAUGUUGUAGUGCUUCCCAACCCCUCCAAUCUUGUCCUCCUUCAGAAAAAACGAAAGGGGGGGUGUGAAAAGAAGAAAGAGAGAGAGCUGCACGCCCAAAUGAAGGCCGUCCGAACACACACACACUCACACACACAGACUCUGCCUUUGGCUUCUGUGGUGAAUCUAGUGUGGCCAAGACUCGUGGACUUGCGUUGUGUUCAAAUGGAGGACGUUUUUAAAACUUGAAAAAUGAUCACCGUGGGGGGAAACAAAACGAACAUAACAGUAACCUUACACUGGAAUUCAAUAGUAUAUAUAUAUAUAUUUUUUAAUCGUAUCUUUAAAUCUCAAGAACAAUGUGAGACUGUUAGAAAUGGGGAGGGGGUGAAUAUGGGGUUAUAAAGUGUAUCUGUUGAAAUGGCAUGGGGUGACUUGAAAGGGUAAGAGACAAUUGUCAGAUGCCAUCAAUUCUAUUUCAAUGAGAAUGCCUUGUAAAUGUACCCUCUAAUGUUCAUGAUGGCGUCUGGCUGAGGUUUACAUGCUGCUGUUGAAAUAUUGCCUGUGGAGAUAGUGUGGUGUUUUAUUGACUCGCUGGUAAAAUAACUUUUCGUUUGAUUGGUUUCCACCCCUCUCUCCUUUGUUCUCACUUCUCCAAACUGACAGAGGGUGAAAACCUUCGUCAGUGGUGUUGAGGUGUUAACGGAACAGCCACUCGGUGUCGGAUCAUUCUAGAGCCAUGCUACGUCAUCGCUGCUUGUUUCAAGAGAAGGGUUUUGAGUCAACCAGCUAACUUAGUUACAAAAAAAAUAACAAUUUCCCAGGAACUUUAUGACAUGUAUUGUUAUGGAAAUAAUAAUCUUGUAGCUGUUUCAGCUACUCAUUCGACAUCAGCAGUCUUUAUAUUCAAAAAUAAUUUCUCCCCCACCCCACCCCUUCAUCUGAAGACAAGUUAAACUCAGCAAUCAUGCUGUCUGGAACAUAUCCCAAUGUUUGGCAGCAUAUUCAUUUCACAGACAAUGUGUUUACUACGACCUAGAAUCCAGCAUUCAGACAGCAUUUAUGACCUGACACAGUUGACCUGUCUACCUCAAAUGGUUAUGUUGGAAAUUCAACCGAAGCUCCGCCUCCCAGUUUAAAACCGCCCUAGAUUCCCUGUCUCGUUCUAAUAGCUUCUAGUUUCCCUUAGCUUACCGAAAACAGCACUGUAACAAAAUGCCUUAUGAACUUAGCACAACUGUGUUGACCUGCCAUAGAGAACUCUGGUAGAUUGCCGUCACCCCUUUGCUCUUAAUUGUCAUUUGAGCCUUUUGUCAACGGACCGUGUGACUUAGCUUCAGGGCUUUGCGUCAAGCACGCGUGUCGUGGGGGGCAUUGCCGCCAGGAACUCGAUUAGACCCUAUAGUGUAGCCGGGAGUGCAGUAUUGGAGUGACCCGACCGAGACUCGCGUCUGUCCGGCAGUGUCGUAGGGAGUCGUGCUGUGACCUCAUCCGCUUGGUGUGGUGGUCAUCUCUGGCGUUGGCUGUGUUGUGUUGCAUAGCUGUUUUGAUGUUUUUUUUUCCUUUCUAGUGGUCAGCUCUCUCCCCUCAGUCUGGGCCGGCGACAGAAAAUAGAAAAAAAGGGAUUACAAUCAUUUCUACCGCUUCUUUUUUUUUUUUUUUUAAGAGGUUGAGCAAAGUGAAAAUGUUGAGCCUGUCUCUCUCUCUCGCCUCAAAUCGCUAACUGAAGAACACAUAAAAUAGAUCAAACAGGGCCGU